UUCCAGAAGAAAGAUUGACUUCAUGUUCUUUGAUGCUUUGUUUUAUUUUAAAUUUUUUUAUUAGAUUGUUUAUAUACAUUGGAUUUGAAAUAUUGUUCAAGAUGACUGAUACAUACAAUGAAGAGUUUGCCGAUCGAGUUGCACAACUCAGCAAUUCCAAAUUUAUGAGUUUAGGAAAGACAGGAAAGCCAAAGGAACACACAGAGUGGACCUUGCUGGCUUGCAUCUUGCAGCUGGAAAGCAAUAUGCAUGUUGUGUCUUUAGGAACAGGUUCAAAAUGCAUUGGAGCUUCACAACUGUCGGGAGCAGGAGACAUCCUUCAUGACAGUCAUGCAGAGGUAGUGGCCAGGAGAGCUUUUGUACUCUAUCUUAUAGAACAGGUUGAUAGAGCAGUGGAAGGCCAAGAGAGCCUGUUCCAAGAGGAAAAAGGGAAGUAUGUUAUUAGGGAAGGAGUGACCUUUCACUUUUAUGUUAGUCACACCUGUGGCGACGCAUCUAUAUUCCCAAAGCAGGAAUGGGAUGAAUACUAUGGUGACUGCCUGAAAACGUCUUUUACACAACAUCAUAAUACACAGAUUACUCAAAAAGAUGAUCCAGACUCACUGAUUGAGGCCCACGAAGACAGCAAUGAAUUUGAACAGCCAGCCAAAAAGUUGAAGAAAAAACAGCAUUACUUCUACUACAGACCAUCCAGCAAUCAAGAUAUUCACAGAACAGGAGCAAAGACUGUGGGAGGUGAACAGGAAGACCCAAGAUUGCCUGGGGCUGAUUAUCAUGUCACCGGUGCUUUACGCACAAAACCAGGAAGAGGAGAUCCCACUCUUUCCAUGUCUUGCAGUGACAAAAUCUUCAAAUGGACUGUUUUAGGAGUGCAAGGAGCUCUCCUCAUGCUUUUCCUUAAAAGUCCAGUGUACUUUGAAACCAUAAACAUUGGUAAGUGUCCAUACAGCCAGGAAGCUAUGCUCAGAGCUCUAUUUAGUAGAUUUGAAAACAAAUUGAAAAAUGUUCAGCUCCCAGAAGGUUUCAGAGUCGUUACUCCACAUUUGCUCUCUUCGAGCAUUGGUUUUCCUUUCUCCAGAGACAGUAAUGCCAUCCCCACAUGCCUCAUCUGGAGCAACACUUCAACCCACCAAGGCAAGCAUGAAGUUGCAACAAAUGGGAGGAAGCAUGGCAUAACCAAGAAAGCAAUUGGGACACCCAAAAGUUGGGUCAGUGUAUGUUGCAAGUCUCUCCUCUUGAAGAUCAAAGACAUUGCUCACAAUGAUGAUCAGUCCAACAUCAGCAAUCAAGUAGACUUUACAAAUCAUGAUUAUGGCACAAUAAAGCUCUUGCAAGUAGUUACUGCCAAGCAUGGAAAGAAUUGAGAACUAAUGUUCUGGACAACUGGACAGUUAAACCUAGUUUUGUUAAGACCUUCAAAGCCUAAAACUUUUAGUGAGUAAAGU